AUACCAUGUGACAGUGGCUGUCAAAGUGUGUCCGAAAACAAGAGCUCAAAUGUAAACAAAGCAUUCGCAGAGCGGAAAGAAAUCAACACUUUUGCGUAAAAUUAUUGCAAAAUGAAGCCUGUGCUUCUAUCUUUAGCUUUCCUGCUAGUCGUCAACAGUGCGGCAGCGUUCCGUUUCAAGGGCUUGGAGUUUUACAUGCAGCUGUGGAACGGUGAAUUUCUCGAGUCGAACUCCUUCGGUGGGGACAACGUUGCGAAAGUGGCCGAGAAAGCGGAGGCCGUCGUCGAAGAAAAAGCGCCUGUGGUUUCUGUCUAUAAAAGCGGCCUGUACGAUUACCUUACCUACUGGGACAAGGGGAUGUGCUCGAUGGAUCAAGGGAACGACCAGGACGAUUCGGACGGUGGUCGCAAAUCGCCGCUGCGCGUGAACUGUACGCCGCUGGAGGGCAACGGAACGCUGUACAUCAUCACCUCGCUGCAGGAUAUAGUGAAAGGGUUGUCACCGCACGCUGCCGCCACCAACGCGACCAACCGGAACGAGGUGAACAACUGCUUCCUGAUGCUGUUCUACACCAAAACCUGCAUCCACAGUGCGAUGGUGGCGCCCCAUUUUAACGCGCUCGCCCGCCACUUUCCCGACCUGAUGGUGACCGCGAUCGAUGCGCACAAUUUCCACUUUCUCAACGCGGAGUUCGGCAUUGUCGGGCUGCCGACGAUCAUGCUGUUCCACCAGGGCCGACCGCUGGUGCGAUACAACGGGACGGAAAUGACGCUACUGUCGCUGGCCAAGUUCGUGACGCGCCACACGGGCAUCGAGCCGCGGCUGGUGAAUCAGAAGAGCGGCACGGCGACGGUGCUGCACUACAUAUCGGACGAUUUUAAGGGCCCGCUGUCGAACAAGGUGGAGCACCGGACGGACUACUGGCUGUAUGUGGCGUGGGCAUUCAUUCUCGUCUGCCUGAGCUACUACUUCUCCAAGUCCACCCUGUACGCGCAGAUCGUGGAGAUGAUCAAACGAAACUGGCGAGAAUCGGCGGCCCAGCACGGUUAGAAAGGGGUCGGAAUGGGGGGGGGGGUGCUUUCAGUGGGAUUAUGAGUGAUUGUUUUAGCUAUUCAGCUGUGUAUGCUAGUUUAAUUCUAUUUAAUAA